AUGCCUCCGAUACUUACUCCCGAGACGGCUGAGGCGCUUGCGACGAGUCUGGAUGUUCGCCCGGAACUUCUCCAAUACCCUGUUCCGAUCGAGACGGGCUGGUGCAUCCACUGCUUCAGAGUAGCGGUGCGUGAGUGGGACGAGACUGAGUGGGUUAGGCCCUUCAAGGUGAACUGCAUUCGCAAUACCGUCACUUCCAAGCGUUGUCAACGAUGCUUCCGUGCCAGCGACAAAUGUGAACUUAUCUACGAAGGUAUCCGGGGCCACGGUUUCGAGCUGCACGCAUUGCUCGAGUGGGUACGGGAGUUCUGGAUCAACGAGGGAUCUGGAAUCGGAGAAACAGACGAUGCUGGGCUGGUUCAUGAUAUGGAGGUUGUUCGGGCCGUUGCAAAGGCUGUGCGAGAUCUCUGCUCCGGUCUUGAUUGUCUGAUCAAAUCCCACGGGGCGGCUCAGAACUUAGUGCGCAAGCGUGGUCCAAGUGCUCCAGAAAACGCCUCCUACAUUGAGCAUUGUCUUUCUGAGCGUCAAUUCUUGGAACUUCCACCUCCGCUUAACCCCCGUAGCGAUGGUACUCCCCACCCGAAGCGCGUCCAGUUCGAACACAGUUCUCGACAACACCUUCGUCUGAGCCCCCAUGCUGACUUUGGUCUGGCUUGGUACCACAUCGUUCUCAGGUUCAAGCAUACCAUCGAAGAGUUGAUUCGAGAUGAAUUCGAUCACAGCGACCCCAACAUCGUCACCUGGUAUAACACUAUGUUGGUGACAUUCCCCUUGACUAUUCCUGUACUCUAA